AUGUAUCUCUGCUUUUCAGUUAAGUUUGAUGCAGGAGGCCCUGAGUUGUCCCUUGUCAGGCUAGAUCAGCAGCAUGCUGAGUCCAAGCUAAUCAGUCUUGCCUCUCAGCAAGAAAAAGAGUGCAUCUUGAGAAAGGGUAAAAUUCUGUACAAAGUACGGUGGAAAGGAUAUACCUCUGAUGACGAUACCUGGGAACCAGAGGUUCAUUUGGAAGACUGCAAAGAAGUGCUGCUUGAAUUCAGAAAAAAAAUUGUGGACAAUAAGCCUAAACCUGUUAAAAAAGACAUCCAGAAACUGUCUCUAAAUGAUGAUGUAUUUGAAGCAGAAUCUGACAGUGACUGGCAAAGUGAAACAAAAGAUGAUGUUUCACCAAAGAAGAAAAAGAAGAAGUCAAAAGAUGGAGAGGAUAGAAGUCCAGAUGAUCUGAAGAAGAAAAAGUCUAAGCCCGCAAAACUCAAAGAAAAACCCAGAACAGAAUGUGAAAAUUCCUCAGAUACUUUAGUUUCAGAUUCAAAACCAAAAAAAAGGACUUCAGACACCAAGGAGGAUUCAAGGGACCCAAAGAAGCAAAGAAAAGAAGAUAUUAAAGAAACCAGGAAGAGGAAGGGAGAAGUUAAAGAUUCAAAAAUUAAAUCUAAGGAUUCUAAAGAAAAUAAAAAAUCACGGAAGGAGAAGCAUGGAGAUGUUCAGUUUGACUCAGAAUCAAGUACUCUGGAUGAUGUAUUUUCUCAAGGAACUGAUAAUGAAAAUUCAGACUUAAGUUCUGAAAAUAAAGACGAUAAGCAAAAGGUAAUGAUUGGAGAAGGGAGACUGGAACAAGAAAUUGCUGAAAAAGAUUCCAUUGCUGAUAGGCAUCUUGAUGGAUCAGCAAGUAAUGAAGAUGAUAGUAUUGAUGUUAAGUUUAAAAGAAAGAAGAAGAAAAUUCAGAAAGCUGAAGAUUACAAGGAGGAAGGUAGAAAAGUGGAAACUCAAGAUACCUGUUUAGAGAAGAAGAGCAUGCACAAAAGGCAAAAAGGUCAAGAAAAAGUAAAAAUAGUACCAGGAGAGUUGGAGAAAGUGCCACCUGCUCCUUCACCAGUGCUGAUGGGUAUGAAAUUGAGCCCUGAUGAAAGAGGGCGCAAGUCCACUGAUUCAGCUGGGGAGGAGAAAGAAGUAAAGAAAAUUGAAACAAAAGAAAAAUCUCAAAAAAAAGAGUCUGAAAAAGAAGAAAAGAGCAGAAGAGAACAAAAGGGCCUAAAAAGCUUUAAGGACAUCAAAAGUGCAUUGGGCUUGUUUAAUGUAGCUUCAGAAGAAAAAAGUGAAUAUUGUGAGAAUAACUGCAAAAGAGAAGAAUCUUCGCUAGAAUAUAAAUUCGUAGAAGAAUUAAAAUCAAAAGACAGCAAGGUGUACAAGGAAAGGAGGAACAUAAGAAACGAAACAGACACAUGGACUUACAUUGCUGCAGAAGGUGAUCGAGAAGUAGUGGAUGUGUGUCAAAUGGAGAACUCUGAUGGCAAGCAACAAGUCUUGAGUUUGGGUAUGGACAUGCAGUUAGAAUGGCUGACACUGGAAGACUUUCAGAAGCAUCUUGAUGGAGAGGAUGAGAAUCAUGUCUCAACAGAACCAAUACCAAGUACUCUCCUGAGGGAUGCUGUUAAAAGUGGAGAUUAUAUGACAGUCAAGAUGGCACUUUCUUCAAAUGAGGAAUAUAAUUUGGAUGAAGAAGACUCAAAUGGAAUGACCCUACUAAUGCUUGCUGCUGCUGGUGGGCACGAUGACCUUCUCCGGGUCCUAAUCAGGAAGGGAGCUAAAGUUAAUGGUAGACAGAAAAAUGGAACAACUGCAUUGAUAUACGCAGCUGAAAAGAAUUUUCUAACAACAGUAGCUAUUCUUCUGGAAGCUGGGGCUUAUGUGAACAUGCAGCAGAGCAGCGGUGAAACUGCUUUAAUGAAGGCUUGUAAAAGAGGGAAUUCUGAUAUCGUGCGGCUCAUGAUUGAAAGCGGAGCAGACUGUAACAUUUUGUCAAAGCAUCAGAACAGUGCGCUGCAUUUUGCUAAGCAGUGUAACAACGUAUUGGUGUAUGAGCAGCUCAAGAGUCAUUUGGAAACGCUCUCAAGAGUAGCAGAAGAUACCAUCAGGGAUUAUUUUGAAGCUCGUCUUGCUUUGCUGGAGCCAGUCUUUCCAAUCGCAUGUCAUCGUCUCUGUGAAGGGCCGGACUUUUCUACGGAUUUUAACUACAAACCCCCACAAAAUGUGCCAGAAGGAUCUGGAAUUCUUCUCUUUGUUUUUCAUGCCAAUUUCUUUGGUAAAGAAGUUGUUGCUCGGCUCUGUGGACCAUGCAGUGUACAAGCUGUGGUUUUAAAUGACAAAUUUCAGCUCCCUGUAUUUUUGGAUAGUCACUUUAUUUAUUCCUUCAACCCUACUGCAGGCCUUAACAGGCUUUUUAUACGGUUGGCGGAAGCUCCUGCUGCCAAGGUAAAGCUGCUAAUCGGCGCCUACCGAGUGCAGUUGCAGUGA